AUGUCUUCUGAUGCUUGUCCGAGUUCCCCUUCGCCAUCCGCCGUCGGACGUCGUCGUUGCUCGACUUGUCGGGUCAAGCUCCAGCGCAAGGACCAGCACUCCAGCUGCUUCGUGUGCCUGGGUUCGGGCCAUGCGGCGUUGAGCGCCACCUGCGCCUCGUGUCUCGCUCUCCCCAGGGAGGAGAGUGAACGCAGGCGCGCGUUCUUCGCCGCUACAGCGCCCCGUCCGGACUCCUCUCAGGACGAGGAGUCUGUGAUUGACUGGGCCCCCCUCGACCUUCCACCCGUGCCCGCGGAGUGGGGUGACUGCGAGGACGGAGAGGUGUCGGAGGUCGACUCUCUCCUCACGCUGGACGAGGUGGUGUCCAACCCGGAGCCGGACCGCUUCCCGCUGGACCACAUGCCUGGGCUCUACUCCACGGCGGCGGCCAUCAUGGAUGCCCCCCUGCCACCGCAACCGAACCAGAGGGUGGAGGACUUCACCUCUGGUUACGCCACCACUCGAGGGAGGAGGAGAGCGCAGCCCACGUUGUGCCCGCGUAUGGACCCGAUCGUCCAUUACGCGACACGUGAGUGGCCAAAGCCCCUAGCGGCCAAGAGGCCCGCUUUGGGGUACGGCAUGUAUUGUAACGUGCAGGACUGGUCCUGGACCGGCGGGGUCCCGGACAUCCGUCCGGACAUCCCUCCGCAUCCGUGUGGCCUGGCACCAGACCUCUCCUUCCCUCCGAGCGGGAUAGGAUGUCUUUGGCGAUGCACGAUAGAUGUUACGCCAAUGCGGCUCAGGUCGUCGCGGUGGCUAACAACAUGGCCUUCAUCACCGGGGCCCUGGAUAGGUCUCUCUCUUCUGGCCAGGCGCUCAGUGGAGACACCUUAUCCCAGGCGAGGACCACUUCAGCAGCGAUCCUGCGCAUGUGCCAGGCGCUAG